AUGCCGCCGCUGGCGAGGGCAUCACAGCGAAGCCGGUAUUCCAAGAAAAGGGCGCCGCCGGAGAGGGACUGGGCGGAGCUGCACCAGGACCUGAUCUCGUGCAUCCUCCACAGGCUGGACCAGGCCGAGCUCCUGAUCGGCGGCGUGGCGGGCGUGUGCCAUUCAUGGCGCCGCGCCGCCCGGGAGGAGCCGGAGCUGUGGCGCCGCAUCGACCUGCGCGGCGGCCUGUGGUUCGUCCCGCCGUUCCGCCGCGAGUGGAGCCUCGAGACCAUGGUGCGGAAGGCCCUGCGGCUCGGCGCCGGCCAGUGCGAGGCCUUCCUGUGCGAGCGCGUCGACGACGACAUCCUCCUCAUCCUCGCCGAGCGGGCACCCUCGCUAAAGAGCCUUCAUCUCAUUAGCUCAUCUGUCUCCGAUCAAGGAUUUGAAAAGGCGAUCAAGAUGUUACCCCUGCUUGAGGAGCUCGAGAUUUCCCAGUGUUUAAGCAUACAUAGUAUGAAGGUGUUUGAACUUGUUGCUAGAGAAUGCCCAUUGCUGAAGCACUUCCGACAUGUCGCGGGAAUGCACUUCGCAAAUGGUAAUGCAGUAGCAUUUGCGGCUGCAAGUAUGCACAAGCUACGUUCCUUGCAUCUUGUCGGCCAUACCUUCCACAGUGAAGGACUGGUAGCCAUCCUUGACAACUGCCACGACCUAGAGUACCUCAACAUGCGAGAGUGCAAACCUAUUGCCAUUGAUGACAGGCUACAAGUGAAGCUUGCUCGGAUCAACAUGGAUGAUCGUGAGUACUCGAGCGACUAUUAUGAGGACUAUGGGUACUUGGCUGGUUGUACUUACUACCAUCCCUAUUCGCCUGCCUGUGGAAAUCGUCCUUAUUGUUGGCGGUCUGAUCCAGAAUUAGUCGAGGUUUUCUUUGAUUAUUAUAUGGACUCCCUUAGAUAUGAUGUUGAUGAUUAUGAUACUGGUGAUGAUGACGAUCUCGAAGAGUACGAGAAGAUCCUUGACAUCAAGAGCAUGCGUAGGUACCUAAGCUAAUGAAAUAAUGUAUAUGUGAAUAAUGUUCCGAUGAAAAACUGUGCCUUUCUCAAACGCAUGCACAGCCGCACGGCAAUGGCCGGUGUUUUGUUGAUUUGAUUUUGCAGUGAGAUUUCUACAUUAUUAUUUAUUCAAUGGCUCAUCAUCCGAAUG